UAAUAAUAGAUUAAAUAGAAGAGGGUGUGGUGUCAUGGAGCUGGAAGGACUUUCACUUACUAAAGGAUGUUUAGCUGUUGCACCAAUGAAGGUUCAGCAAUCAUCAAUCAGUUUCACUAAGCAUCCAAGUGAGACUGAGAAAGAGGCUCAGAGACGAUGCCAGAAAUACCAAAAGUGUUUGGCGCAAAUCGAAGGAAAGAUAGAUGACCUUAUGAAAGAGUUUGAAGAUGGCUACCACAAUGAUAUUAAAGAUUACGUUAGUUCAGUGAGACAAGACUUGGUCUUACCAAGAAUACCAGCAUGUGUCUUCAAUGGAGGUUUUGAUGUGUCCGUUAAUCUGUUUGAUAAACUGAAGGAGUCUCUAUCCCCAAUAACUUCUAUCAUUGUCAACGUACAAGUUUAUUCAAGUAUGAAGGCAUUAAUGAAAGAUAUAUUUCAGCAUGCUACAACAUUCCCUAAACCGUUACACAUUAAUACUUGCUCUAGUCACUAUUCUUCUUUUCCUUCCUGUGGCUCCAAGUGUUACUCAUUCCUCACUCACCCACUGGACCUUUAG